AUGAGCUCCAUGAUAGAGCGUAUGAACAAUGUGCAAGACCGCAGUAGCGUGCCGGUGGCGAAACGACGAAGGAUCGGGGAGGACUCGCAGGACCAGGGGUCCAGGAAUGGCUUCCAUGGCAAUGGUAGCAGUGGCAUGCUAUCUGGCUACGUGAAGCAGAAACAACAAGAGGGCCAGGCUGCCCCUUCCAUGACGCAGCAGUGUCAAAGUACUGUUGAUUUAACUGGGGGGGACGACGAAGACGACCUCGUCGAGGUCACAGAUCCGAGAGAACAAGAAGUGUGUUACGGUAUGAUUGGGGGCGCCUCGGUUAACUGCCACAUCGUUCCCUCGCCAAAACCGGGCUCCCGAUUCUUGACGCCUGGUAGCUGGCCUCAAGUCAAGGUCGUACUGAGGAGGAUAGCCGAGGACAGGUCCAUGACGAUCGAGGUAUAUGACCACACGAGGAAGAUCAUCGGCAAGCUGGACGCCAGGACUUCUCACGGGCUCGCUCCGCUACUCGAUGCGCGCUUGCUAGCCCUUCGAACUGAUGCCAUGAUUGGCAUACGACGACGUCUGGCCGAUGAGGAGGCUGGUAGGCCCAUCUCCAAGUCAUACCCUCUCCAGUUGAUGGUCUACGGAAAAUUCAGAUACGCGAAAACAGUUGGUUUCAACCUUGAGAAGGCAGGCUUGAACCUCCUGAGCCCUACCAGGGUCGACAAGGGUGUCCGAGUCUUCAACCCUCUGGCCAAGGAGAACCGGCCUGCCGCAGCCCCUAGAACAUACGCAAACCCCGCGCCCCCUCCGGUUGCACGGACCGAAGAAGAGAUCCGAUCCGAUGUGCUGAGCGUCUUUGAUUCUCUGAAGGAGACAGAGGAUCUCCCUGAGCAGGAGCCAGACGACCGCAUAGUGACUCCUCUCCUGAAACACCAGAAGCAAGCCUUGCAGUUCAUGACCGGGCGAGAGGACACGUCAAACAUGGUGGACGAGCUGUGGCAGAAACGGACCGACGCCCGCGGGCAGCUCACAUACUACAAUGUCAUCACCAAUGAGCAAUCCCGCCGAGCACCCGUCAAGGCACAAGGAGGCAUCCUUGCGGAUAUGAUGGGCCUGGGGAAGACUCUGAGUAUCCUGUCGCUGGUCACGUCUACGAUUCCCGCAUCGCUGCAGUGGAUCCAGGCGGAGCCAGUGGUGCACUCUGCGGAGGACAAGCGGCCGCCGAGAGAGCUCCCAGACAGCUUCGCCCCGCCGAAGCCUGAGUCUUUGGGCCUGACCAAGCCGAAAAGAAACUCAAAGGCCACUCUUCUGAUCUGCCCCCUGAGUACGGUCACAAACUGGGAGGAGCAGAUCAAACAGCACGUGCGGCCGAACUCGCUGUCCUAUCACAUCUACCACGGCCCUCAUCGCAUCAAGGAUUCCGAGAGGCUGGCAGAGUACGAUCUGGUCAUCACGACUUAUGGGUCUGUCUCGAGUGAGCUUAAUGCCCGCUUGGCUAACAAGCGGGGCCCUCACCCACUCGAAGACAUCGGAUGGUUCAGGAUAGUACUUGACGAAGCGCAUAUGAUACGAGAGCAAUCGACGCUGCAGUUCAAGGCCAUAUGCCGGCUUCAGGCCAACCGGCGGUGGGCCGUGACUGGCACGCCGGUGCAGAACAAGCUCGAGGAUCUUGCCGCUCUGCUCGCGUUCCUGCGCAUCAAGCCGUUUGAUGAUCGCACCAAGUUCAACCAAUACAUCGUUGCGCCCUUCAAGCUUUGCGAUCCCAACAUCGUUCCCAAACUCCGCAUCCUGGUUGACACCAUCACUUUGCGUCGUCAGAAGGACAAGAUCAACUUACCGAAACGGCACGACAUGGUCGUCAAGUUACAGUUCUCGAGCGACGAGCGACGCAUGUACGUUGCAUUCGAAAAGGACGCCCAGGUCCGUGUGAACGUCCUGGCCGGCCAGCGCGAACGCAUGGUCGGCGGGAAGACGUACAUCCACAUUCUGCAGGCAAUCUUGCGGCUUCGUCUGUUCUGCUCUGGCGGAAAACACCUCUUGAAUGAAGACGAUUUAAGACUGCUCGAGGGUCUCAGUCAAGACUCCCCCAUCGACCUCGAUAGCGACGACGAGGACGAGAAGCCAGCUCUCACCGAAAACCAAGCGUACGACAUGUUCAACCUUAUGAAAGACACAAAUGGCGAUAACUGCAUAGGGUGCAACCAAAAGUUGGGCGCCAAGGAGGGCGCAGAUAUCGAGUCAGAGCGCCAAGAGGAGGUCAUCGGUCACAUGACGCCAUGCUUCCACCUGAUUUGCACGUCGUGCAUCAAGGAAAUCCAGGGCGCCUGUGCCUGCGGGCUUUCCCUUAACGGUCUCGUUGCCCUGCGCUUGACAAGGGCGGUCCAGGAGCACGAUGCCCGCGCCGAGGGCAGAGGCCGCAAUGUCAGCGGUGGCAAGGGGAUCAAGGAUUAUACCGGCCCCAACACCAAGGUCAGGUAUCUUAUCGAGGAACUCAAGAAAUGGCGAGAUAUGGGUGAGGCCAAACCAGACGAGCCACCCUACAAGUCCGUGGUCUUCUCCCAGUGGACGACGAACCUAGACCUGAUCCAAAUGGCCCUGGAGGCAGAGGGCAUCAUCUUUGUCCGCCUCGACGGCAAGAUGUCCCGGACCGCCCGCACACGAGCCAUGGACAACUUCCGCGAGGACGCCACCGUCCAGGUGAUACUCGUCUCCAUAACCGCUGGCGGGCUGGGCCUCAACCUUACAGCCGGGAACUCGGUCUACAUCAUGGAGCCGCUGUUCAACCCGGCGGCCGAGGCGCAGGCCAUCGACCGCGUCCACCGGCUGGGCCAGAACCGCGAGGUCCACUGCAUCCGGCUACUUAUGGAGGAGUCGUUCGAGGAGAAGAUGCGCGAGCUGCAGGAGAAGAAGAUGAAGCUCGCGUCCCUGAGCAUGGACCGCGAAAAGGGCGUUGGCGGCGGCCAGCUUUCCAAGUCGGAGGCGGCUAAGCAGAGACUGAUGGACCUGCGAAGCCUCUUCAAGUAG